UCCACGAGGACUUGACGGCGAAACGAUCCGAACUUCUCUACAAGGCGCGUAUCCAUGACAACGUAAAAAAAACAUGGACACAUGAUGGAAGAAUCACAGCCCUCGUGGAAGACGGGAGGAAGAUAUCCAUACGAAGUGUGGACAUUGAAAAACUGUAAGAAUUCGAAUUAAGCUAUUUUUUACUUAGCACUGUGUAUUAUUUUCAUGGGGCCCAAAUAUCCGUGCAUUUCCUGUAACAAAACUGUAAAAUCAAACGAGAAUGCAAUGUUAUGCUGUGGAUGUGAAAGAUGGAUACACCUAUCUUGUUCUUCCUUGGGAUUUGACUUUUUCAAUUCUACUUCAGACUGGACUUGUGACCUCUGUCAGUUAAAUGAAUUACCAAAUCACUAUCAUGAUGACGAACUAUCUAUGGAUGAUCCUUACAUUGUGUGAAACUAGACUAGACCAAUCUGUAACAAAUGAUGAAAUCCAUGUAAAUGGAUACAGAGUGGUUCGACGGGAUCGGAACAGGAAUGGAGGAGGAGUUCUUACUUAUAUUCAUGAAUCUUUGAAUUAUCACGUUGUGCAAGAAUUACAUGUAAAUACUGAAGGACUUGAGUUGCUUUGUAUACAAAUUCAAUUUUCUAAACAAAAACCGUUCAUGUUGAUACCUUGGUACAGGCCUCCUGAUUCAAAUAUUCAAAUAUUUGAUGCAAUUGAAGAAGUUUUACAAAGUGUCGAAACACGCUUUAUUGAAUACAUAUUGAUUGGUGACUUAAACUGUGAUAUGCUGUCCACAAACCCUUCAAGUCAUACGAAACGUCUCUUAAGACUAGCGACAGAAUAUAAUCUUACACAGUGUGUUAAACAAGCAACUCGAAUCACUCAAGUAUCGGAAACGCUCAUUGAUCAUGUUUUUUCUUCUAAUUGUGACAAUGUUAAAUACUGUGAUGUAAUACCACUCAGUUUAAGUGACCAUUAUAUGAUUGCCUUAUCUUGGGGAAGAAGUAAGCCCAUGUCUCCCCAUAAUCACUGUUACGUUUGUUCUAGACAUUUAAAGAAAAUUGACAUUACGAAGUUUGUUGAAGACAUUAGAAAGGUAUCAUGGGACACUGUGCUAUUCGAAACUGAUACUGAACUCGCAUACAUAAACUGGAUAAAUAAACUUAGAGCAGUACUUGAUAAUCAUGCUCCAAUAAAAAGAAAAAGAGUUCGACGUAGAAAAUCGCCAUGGAUGAAUGAUCAGAUCUUGGCCUUAAUACGUGAAAGGAAUAGGAUUAAAAAACGGCAGAUCAUUCAAAAUCUCAAAAUGAUUGGGAUGAUUAUAAAAGAUUAAGAAAUCAUGUAACAUCUAAAAUAAGAACCGCAAAGCGUACUUAUUUCACCGAAAGCAUAAAGGCAAAUUGGGGAAACUCCCCUUUAAUGUUGAAA